AGCUGGAUGCUGAAUGACAGGAAGAACAGCGACAAAGGGAGAUAUAGACAGAGAACAUACUGAUAUAGAUUAGCCGAUAGAUAGAUAGAUAGAUAGAUAGAUAGAUAGAUAGAUAGAUAGAUAGAUAGAUAGAUAGAUAGAUAGAUAGAUAGAUAGAUAGAUAGAUAGAUAGAUAGAUAGAUAGAUACUGUCUCCAGUGGAGUAUACUGUGCAGUAUCCCAGGACACUACACAUUUUGUGUGCCCACUUCUGUCCACAGGAGGUUGCUAGCUGGAAUGCAUAGAUCUGAGUCAAGUUACUGCAGAGAGGAGACUACUCUGGGUCAAGGUGGUGGCAGUUCAUGGGUCCCUCCUCCAGCUGCUGCUUCUGAGUCCAGCCAGCACGCCAACUCACCUCCUGAUCCAGACAGCCCUGCUCCAAGCCCCCAGUCUGGUUAUGGAUACAGCCCUUCUGAGGAGAAACCUGGCGACCCCCGGAUCAGGCGCCCCAUGAAUGCUUUUAUGGUCUGGGCCAAGGAUGAGAGGAAGAGACUGGCACAACAGAACCCAGACCUGCACAAUGCCGUACUAAGCAAGAUGCUGGGUCAGUCCUGGAAGAGCCUAUCUGCCAUGGAGAAACGUCCUUUUGUAGAGGAGGCAGAACGCCUACGAGUUCAGCACCUCCAUGAUCAUCCCAAUUACAAGUACCGCCCACGUAGGAAGAAGCAGGCCAAAAAGAUGAAGAGAGUGGAGGCAGCCUCAUUACUUAGGGGUGAGAGAUAUUCCGGGGGACAUCCCACCACAAAUCUCACCCAUUUCCGAGAACUACAGCCGUUGCCAUCCAGUGAGCUGGAGAGUUUUGGGCUCCCCACCCCUGAAAUGUCUCCCUUGGAUGUUCUGGAGCAGAGCGAGCCAGCCUUCUUCCCUCCUCAUAUGCGAGAGGACACAGAUUCUAUGCCCUUUAGAUCUUACCAACAUGGCAUCGACUAUGGGCAGGAGAAGGCACUAAGAGAGCUCUCCAUCUCUUACUCACCCUCACCCACUCACAUGAGUAACAUCCUUAGGACUAAUCCGUCCUCUGCUUUCUACUACAAUCCUCAGGGUGGACCACCAAUCUGCACCCCAUUAGGCCAGCUCUCACCUCCUCCUGAAGCUCCUCAGCUGGACCCAAUGGAUCAUCUAAACCCAUCUGAGCUAUGGGGAGAUGUUGACCGCAAUGAGUUUGAUCAGUAUUUGAAUAUGAGCAGGACUCAGGUGUCCAUUCCUGGGUAUCACUUGCCAAUGUCCAAGCUGGCUUCCGCUAGGACUAUACCCUGUGAGGAGAGCAGCCUGAUCUCUGCUCUCUCUGAUGCCAGCACCGCUAUGUACUAUAGUCCUUGCAUCACCGGCUGAUAGUCUUCAGUGAAGGCAAGCUGCUGGUGUCUAUGGUGGCAGAUGGACAUCAGUAUGAGGCAUGCCCAGAUGUAGCUUUGUCUACAACUGGGUGCCAGGUGCAGAUCACCCCAGUGAUACAGUAAUGUGCAAUGUGGUCAGAGGAGGUCACACGGGAUGUACCCAUCACCAACACUCUCAUGCAGGAUACAGGGCUGCAGACAAUGUAAAAAGGGAUUUCCACCUUUAUAAAACAUUAUUAAAUUGCCUUGUACCUGCUCUCCUGCAACACUUAAUAUAUCGUUAAACAGGUUUCUGUGUGUGCUUAUCAGCUAUAAGUGUACAUAACUAGGCAGUGAUUUUCAUUGCCCUUCUAUAUGACACAGCUUUGCUCUGCACUCUGCAUUUUAACUAAAAAGUAGUCUUGUGUCGUAUCCAAGAGCAACUACAAAAAAUUAGCUGACUACUAUUAAAUCGUAAUAAAAUAAACACUUAAAAGCUAGAAAUAGAAAGCAGUGUUGCAAAAAAGUGUGUACAAGCAGAUAAUUAAUGCCAUUUUAAGGUGGAAAGUUCACAAAGUUUUCAGAUUUUGUGUAUAAAGACUCUUGCAGUUAUGCUUUAUGCUAUGAAUCCCGAUGGCAGCAAAUAUGGCAAAAAACUCACGCAAGAGCACAUUUUAAAACCAAAGGAGAUGACACAAGAAUGUACUUUUCACUAGUUCUUAGUGGAUUUACGGAUGUAUAGUGGUUCAGAGUACAAAAUGGACGCGUGUAGGUGAUGAUGGAUAUACUUUGAUGAGCAUCAUGGUUGAACAGGUGUGAACAAGAUGAAAUACUGCCUUCUGUGGUUAUGUUGUAGUACUGACUCUCAGCUUGCAUUACCUUCUUAUAAUAAUACAGCCACAUGUAGCUUCUAAGUCCCUGAAAAAUCCUGGCAUCCAGUCCUGUAUAAUGAGUCAGGGCUAUGAUAUAAAGUGACCCAUGGACUAGUCUCUGAACCCACAGUUCACAUACUGAGAGCAGCAGGUCUAUUUAACCCCCUCGCUGCUUGGAUUCUGGGUAAUAUUUUGCACUGGCCUUUUCCGGUUUCUGGGGUUAAACCAAUAUUUUAUUCAACGUUUUUAUGUGUCUGUUUUUUCUACAUUUGUAUACCAUGUAAAAGUUGACAGCUGUUUUUUUUUUUAAUUCACAAUUUCUAUGUAAACAAACCUUGGAUUAGGGAAUCAUUAUGAGGAUUUGACUGGCUGACCAUCUGUAUACUGUGAUAUGUCUUCGCACUAAACACAAUCUAGUGACACAUGACCAGUUUGUCACCCAUUCAUAUUUCAGUGACACCUCUCUCUCUCUCUCUCUCUCUCUCUCUCUCUCUCUCAGACCUGAACAGGCUUUCACACACAACUACGGCCACUGUAAUUUGAAACGUCUGUGUACAUCUGUCACACACAAACUCUCCGAGACUAACAAAUAUACUGUAUAACCACUGAUAAAUAACUCGUAUACAAAACAUAUAUACAACAUGUACACUGGUAUAUGUACAACUGGCAACACACACAUACAUAGGGCUAUUUACUAACCUGCCAUUUAUGUGAGCACUAAACCAUAACAGCCAAUCAUACAUUAAUUUUCACUGCCAAACCUGCACUAGGCAAGUAACAGCUGCUCACUGGCAGGGGGUUAGGAUUUCUACCAAAAUGCGCUGUUAGUAAAUAACCUUUACUAAGAACUCAUAAAUUGUUCUAUAACAAACACAAUGGUGUAUCUUGUCUGUGUAAACGUGUCCCCAGGUGCAUGUACAGUGGCAGUCUAUUCCUCAGAUAACAAAAAUAAACAAUAUGAAGGGGUUUAAAACA